UCAUUUCCUUCUCCUUAAUAACCCACUCACAUUCAGCAUCGAACCAUCUCACCAAAGAAAGCCUGAACAUCUACUUUCUUGAGGAAGGAGGAAAACAAACACUUUUACUCAUCUGGACAAACUCGGACGCUCUAGAUCAAUUGUAUUCAGUCAACUAUUGUCAAGAUGUGGAAAAGAUCAAAGAACGCGAGCCAGCCUUCCUCCAGAUCAUGUUUCUCCCUUGUUCAUCAGUACAUUCUGCAUUUUAAUGAGGUGUCAGGAAACAAGUCAGCUGUCAUCCGGAGACGAUCAAAGACUCCAGGAGUGAUGAUCACUCAAAGUAUAGUAAAUUUACCCGAAGGCAAAAGCACGCCAGACUUCCAGUGCAAACCGAUACCAGUUACUGUCCAGGAAGGAAAACCAGUAGUUUUCAAGGCUGUGGUGACAGGAUCUCCUAAACCAGAUGUUACAUGGAAACGAGCAAAAGGAAACCUUUCAGACAAGGAAAAAUUCCUCAGAAAGUGCAAGGAAUCAACCGGGGAAUAUAUAUUAGAGAUUCGGAAUGUUACUGCAGCUGAGGCAGAUACAUACAAAUGCUGUGCAGUGAAUGAAUAUGGAAAAGCUGUCUGCUCCACAACCCUAACUGUAGUUGAUGGCUCAACAAACCCUGAAGAUUUCAGAAAAUUGCUGAAGAAAAGUAAACUGGAGAAAGCAGAUGGAGAGAACGAUGAAAGGUUCUGGGAUGCGAUGCUGAAUGCUGACAGAAAAGACUACGAGCGCAUCUGCUCUGAAUACGACGUUUCAGACCUACACCUGAUUCUCAAAAAGCUUGAAGAUAAAAGGAAAGCAAGAGGACAGAACUAUGAGGAUGAGGAUGAUUGCUGUGAUGAUGACUCAGAGAAAAGUGGCAUCAGAAGGUCUGGAAGGACAAAUGCAGUCAGAAUCAACAACGUGCUGCAAAAUGACUCGGGCCUGCACAUGGCGGACGUUGGAGAGAUCAACCUUCACAACAAACAGCUAAAAGAAGCAGGUCCUAAGGAGGAUCUACUUCCAAAAGAGUUCAAACUUUCCAAUGUAGGUUUUGUGAUCAGAAUUCAAGAGAUUACUGCUGAAGAGAAAGAUCACGCCCUCUUUGAGUGUGUUCUGACACACCCCCUUUCUACAAUAACUUGGAUGAAAAAGGGUAUCGUUCUAGAAGAUGGAGAGAAGUACAAUAUAACUGUAUCAGGAGAAAAACUGAUUCACAGGCUGUUGAUCAAAGACUGCAACAAAAUGGAUAAAGGGAUUUAUUCGGCCAUUGCUGGCAUCACUUCCUGUAGUGCCUGGCUGGUGGUAGAAGCUCAGAAAAACUCUUCUGUUGGUAAGAAGACAGUACGUAAAUCUGCACUGGCUAGUGGAGCUGAAACUGACUUGGAAACAGUGGCCAAAGAGCAGCAAAUAAAAAACCAACAGGAAAUGGAAAAGAUCUUAAAGGCUGUGAAAGCAAAACAAGCUGCUGGAAAACUGAAGGAAGAAAAGGUUUUAAGAAGUGGUGAAGACUUGAAUGAAAAUAGAAGACCAAGCAAAAUCUUAGAAGGCCACAAAGAGAGAACGUUGGAUGACUUGGAGAGCACAGCAGAAGAUGGAAAGAAACCAAAAGAAGGAGGAAGCAAGAACAAAAAACCUAUAAAUAUUUGCAAAGAUUUCAACAAGGUAGAAGAGUUCAGUGAUGAAGAUGAUGAUGAAGAUGAUGGAGACCAGCAUCAACUCCCUACCACAAGUCAACAUGAGUCUAGCAAAGAUGAGGACCUUACAAAGAAUGUGAGAACCCAAAGGAAAUCUAAAAAAGUCCAUUGGAAAAGACUUACUCUAGAACAAAAUGAACAAGUAAGUGAGGAUGAGUCAGGUGACACUGAUGACAUCAAGGACUCUGCCGAACCGAGGGAACAACAAAGUAGUUCAAAGCAAUGCAAAGAGUCGAAGGAACCAGCGAGUGGCAAACAUCUGUGUCAUGAAAGCCACAGUGAGUGUGAUGUGACUGAAGACAUGAAUGACUCAUCAACUCAAACACGACGUAAAAGACACAUCCCCCUGAUAACAGACUCUGUAAUUGAUCCGGGGGUUCAUUUCAUCAGUGGUUUGUCUGACGUGGAUGCCAUUAUCCAUGAGCCAGCUGAGUUGACAUGUAAACUCAGCAGUGAGGACUGUGAGGGAACCUGGUUCAGAGAUGGCAAGAAGAUUUUCCCUGAUGACAGUUUCUCCAUCACCAAAGAUGGACCAGUCCAUAAAUUAAUGAUCCUGAAAUGUGAGGAAGAGCAUUCUGGGAAAUAUCGUUUUGAAGCAGAUGGUCGGAAAACAGAGGCGAGGUUCAUCGUCAAAGAUCCACCCAGGUUUGACCCUGAAGACCUCAACAUUUUCAUCAAGCCUCUGGCAGUCAAAGUGGGACACCACGCCAUUUUCAAACUUCAGUUUGUUGGCUACAAACCAAUAAAAAUUCAGUGGUACAGAGAUGGAGAAGAGCUCCAAGAAGACAACAACAUAAAGAUUGAGAAAUCUGCCGGUCAUAGCCGCCUGCUCCUGAUCAGAUGUCAGAGGAGAGACACAGGAGAGAUAAAGAUAAAACUAAAGAAUGAUCAUGGAUUUGCUGAGGCAAUCUCACAGCUCAUUGUGCUUGACAAGCCAUCUGCCCCUCUGGGUCCUGCAGAAGUCAUGGAGAGCUCAGCUACAUGUAUUGAACUGAAGUGGCGACCUCCAAAAGAUGAUGGUGGAUCACCUGUGAUAAGCUACAUACUAGAGCGUCAACAAGUGGGUCGAAACACCUGGAAAAAAAUAGGAGAAAUACCAGGUGUGCCCAGCUACCGUGACACAGAUGUGGACCGUGGACGGAAAUACUGCUACCGCAUCCGAGCAGUGACGUCAGAGGGAACAAGUGAUGAGAUGGAGACGGAUGACAUGCAAGCUGGCAAGUUUGCUUUUCCAGGUCCUCCAGCACCUCCUAAGGUGGUCGGUUCUCUCAGUGACUGCAUAACCCUUUCAUGGGCUCCACCAACUAAAACAGGAGGUUCUCGCAUCCUGGGCUACAUUUUGGAGAAACGUAAAAAGGGCAGCAAUCUCUGGACUGUUGCAAAUGCAUCUGAUGAGUUAGUAACAGAGAAGAGAUGUGCAGUGAGGGAUGUUGUGGAGGGUAUAGAGUACGAGUUCAGAGUUUGCGCCAUCAACCUCUCAGGAGCGGGGGAAUUCAGCAACCCUUCAGAAUUUGUUUUUGCACGAGAUCCUAAAAAACCUCCUGGUAAAGUGAUGGGCCUGAAGGUAACAGAAACAUCGCACACCAACAUGAUUCUGACUUGGACUAAACCUGAGGAGAAACCAGGCGAGCAGGAUGAGGCGAAAGGAUACUUUGUUGAGAUUCGACAGGCAGAUUGCCUUGAAUGGUCUCGCUGUAACAGCAGCCCCGUCAUCAUGACAUCGUUUAAUGUGAAAGGCCUUAAAUCGAUGGGCAUGUACUGGGUGAGAGUCAUUGCUAUGAAUGAUGGAGGAGAGAGUGCACCAGAGGAGCUACCCAGAUAUGUCCUUGCGGUGCCUUUACCUGUGAGGCCAAGGUUCACAAACACCAAGAUGAAGAGUUUCAUGGUGGUGAGGGCGGGGAACUCCGUCAGGGUCACUGUCAACUUUGAGGCCUCUCCAAGACCAGAGACUACCUGGUUAAAGGACAACGUUCCCGUGACAAAGCGUGCUACAGUCAGUAACUCUGACGGCUCAUCGCAGCUGCUGAUUCCUAGCUCUGAGCGUUCUGAUUCAGGCAUCUAUUCAGUUUUGUUGAAAAAUUUUGCCGGGCAGGAAACAUUCAGCACAGAAGUCAGGGUUACAGAUGAUCCAAAUCCUCCUGGCCCAGUGGAGCUGGAGGAAAACGUUCCCGGUACUGUAACUGUGAUCUGGACACCUUCUCCUGAUGAGAAGCUGGAUGACCGUCUUCACUACACAGUGUUGAAAUUGGACUCUAAUAAACACACAUGGACCACAGUGGCUGAUAGACUCUUUAACAACAAGUUCACAGUUUGCAAUAUUCUACAAGGGAGGGAGUAUCACUUCAGGGUGUAUGCCAAAAAUGACAUGGGCACAUCAGCACCUUCAGAGUCACCAACCUGGGGCAAGGAGAAGAAGAAAAAUAAAAUGAUGGUUACUGAAGCUACGUGUAAGGCGUGCGACUUACGUUGCGCUCCUACAUUUAUUGUUCCUCUGAAGCUUCAGACUGCAACUGUAGGUUAUGAAUGUCAUAUGAGCUGUGCUGUGAAGGGAAACCCAGCACCUCGUGUCACCUGGUACCGAAACCACGUCAGUCUGAACACUGACACCAACUAUUACAUCUCCAACACCUGCGGAGUUUGCUCCUUGCUGAUCCUUCGAGUUGGUCCCAAAGACACGGGGGAGUACUCUGUGGUUGCUGAGAACAGUUUAGGACGAGCAGAAUGCACCACAGUGAUCAGUGUCAGAGAAUGAAGAAACCAAUGUUGUCUCUUUUUAUGGGUGAUGAGAGGAUCUUACUUAUUCACAAUCAUGCAGAUGAUGUAAUUUUUUAGUUGGGCAUUUGUGAAAACAAAAGUAAAAGUACCAAUAUUUAAAAAAUCACAUUCCUGUUUCCUGUUGAAUGUUUUAGUCCUGUCUGAGUUGAGUUGAGAGUUGGUGGAAAUAGAAGUCUCUUUUACGAAACAAUGUUGCCAAUUUGCCACAACGCUGAGCCAGCAUCAGGGAGCUUUAGGUUGUUUAUACGUGGUCAAACUGUGGCGGUAAUGUGUCUCAAUCGUGUCCUUUUUACAAAAAGUUACACAAUGGCGGUGUAAAGGAGCUAUGGGGGUGGUUGCUGCGCUGCCGCAGACUUCUGUUUAUCUAGGACAUAACUGGCUUUUCUUUCCAUCAAAACCGCGCUCAUGAGCCGCUCCUAAAGGUGUCUGUCCUCCACAGUCCCUGUGCAGUCUCUGGUGAUCAGACCUCCAGCUUUAACAGAGAAGCUCUGGGAGCGCAGCAUCACUCCAGUUUAUCUAAUUACAAAAGCUACUUUCAUUUUCAAUUUAGUCUCCAGCAGGAGCUUGACAGUAACUCCCCACGUGAUCAUGACACCUCCCUCUGUUGUGCCAAGGCAUAAAAUGCAUUCACAAGUCCGAUGUUGCGAUAAUAUUACACACAAAUGCUGCUAAAUUCCGCAAAGCCAUGUCACUAUGGUGCGUUUAUAAGACACACUGUAGCAGCAGUAUGACGCUGAUUUGCCAGCAUGGUGUGUCUUCUAGAAACAUCUAUAGAAACAAUGAAAUUUUUAGAAAUCUUUGCUUUAUAUGUCGGUCUAGCCACACUCCAUUGUUGCCUCAGCAAGCCAGAAAACUCUUCUGCCUUGCCAACCACAGCUCACUGUCAGUUUGGUGGGCCAGUCAUGGCACUUUAUCGGUUUGGCAGCCAGGGUGUUACUGCGACUGAGCAAAAAAACAAAGAUGGUAACAACUUGUCUGAAACGGCUCUAGCAUCAACUCUAGACUACUUUGGCUUUUUUUUUUUUUGAGUCAAGAGGCUGAAUUUGAGUCUCCAUCA